GGCAGGGAGGCAGCAUGCUAAACCGGGUGCGCUCGGCCGUGGCGCACCUGGUGAGCUCUGGGGGCGCCCCGCCUCCGCGCCCCAAGUCCCCAGAUCUGUCCAACGCGCCCUCCGCGCAGCCUGCCGCCCCUCCGGAAUCGUCCAGGAGCCCUCCGGCGAGGUCUGGGAGCGGGAGCACGGCGCCCGCGAAGACCGUAGAGGCUCGAGCGAGCUUCUCCCGACCGACCUUUCUGCAACUGAGCCCAGGGGGGCUGCGACGCGCGGACGACCACACUGGCCGGGCUGUGCAAAGCCCCCCGGACACCGGCCGUCGCCUGCCCUGGAGCACGGGCUACGCCGAGGUCAUCAAUGCUGGCAAAAGCCGGCACAAUGAGGACCAGGCUUGCUGUGAAGUGGUGUAUGUGGAAGGUCGGAGGAGUGUUUCAGGGGUGCCUAGGGAGCCUAGCCAAGGCCAGGGACUCUGCUUCUACUACUGGGGCCUGUUUGAUGGGCAUGCAGGGGGCGGAGCUGCCGAAAUGGCCUCCAGGCUCCUUCAUCGCCACAUCCGGGAGCAGCUAAAGGACCUGGUGGAGAUACUCCAGGACCCCUCGCCACCUCCCCUCUGCCUCCCUUCUACCCCAGGGGCCCCAGGUUCCUCUGAUCCUUCUCACUUGGUUGGUCCUCAGUCCUGCUGGUCUUCGCAGAAGGAAGUGACCCAUGAGAGCCUGGUAGUGGGGGCCAUUGAGAAUGCCUUCCAGUUUAUGGAUGAGCAGAUGGCCCGGGAGCGGCGCGGCCACCAAGUGGAGGGGGGCUGCUGUGCCCUGGUUGUGGUCUACUUGCUAGGCAAGGUGUAUGUGGCCAAUGCAGGUGACAGCAGAGCCAUCAUUGUCCGGAAUGGUGAAAUCAUUCCAAUGUCCCGGGAGUUCACCCCGGAGACUGAGCGCCAGCGUCUUCAGCUGCUUGGCUUCCUGAAACCAGAGCUGCUAGGUGGUGAAUUCACCCACUUAGAGUUUCCCCGCAGAAUUCAGCCCAAGGAGCUGGGGCAGAGGAUGCUGUACCGGGACCAGAACAUGACUGGCUGGGCCUACAAAAAGAUCGAGCUGGAGGAUCUCAGGUUUCCUCUGGUCUGUGGGGAGGGCAAAAAGGCUCGAGUGAUGGCCACCAUCGGGGUGACCCGGGGCUUGGGAGACCACAACCUUAAGGUCUGCAGCUCCACUCUGCCCAUCAAGCCCUUCCUCUCCUGCUUCCCCGAGGUACGAGUGUAUGACCUGACACAGUAUGAACACUGCCCGGAUGAUGUGCUAGUCCUGGGAACAGAUGGGCUGUGGGAUGUCACCAGUGACUGUGAGGUAGCUGCCACUGUGGACAGGGUGCUGUCAGCCUAUGAGCCCAAUGACCCCAGCAGGUACACAGCUCUGGCCCAAGCUCUGGUUCUGGGGGCCCGGGGCACCCCCCGGGACCGUGGCUGGCGUCUCCCCAACAACAAGCUGGGUUCCGGGGAUGACAUCUCGGUCUUCGUCAUCCCCCUGGGAGGGCCAGGCAGUUACUCCUGAGGGGCUCAGCCCCGCCCCUGCCACCACCAUCCCAGCCUCUCCAUGCUUACCCUCUGCCAACCCAAAUUCAGAAGUUGUCUCCCUGACCUUCUUUAGUGCCAACCUAACUGAAGAAGGGGUGUCAGUUAGAUCCAGAAUUAUAGCUACUGGCAAAUAAACCACAUGGAUACAAA